AUGUUCGGCUUUACAAGUGAAUCCACCAGUCGUAGUGAUAAUUUGAAUUACUACACUCCUCCUCCGAGACAUCCUGCAUUUAAAUCCUCUCAGCUCUACGAAACAACACCACAUACCUUCUCUUCCGAGGAAGCAUCGUCGCCAACAACAUAUGUGCCCAAAACAUCCUCUCAACAACAAGCCGACUCAUCUUCGGUGGCAAAUUCCGUCCUGCCUAUUCAACUUUUAAUCCUCAACUCGAGCUUUACGCCCAUCUUGGUAUCGGGAGGAGGUUCCUCGAGCUACUUUGCAGAGACGUCCUCUUCCUCGUUUCUCAAUUCUUUUGGAAACAACAAUGCCAAUACGUCAACCAUAACGAACCACAUGACGACCUCCACAACAAUAGCAACAUCCCUUUCUCAACAACCUCCAGAGAGUUCAACAACAACAACGAGCCAGGAACAACAACAACAACAUUCCAUUAUUACCACCCCCAUCAUCUCUUUCAACUCCUCCUCUAACGAUGUCAUGACGAAAAGUUCAUCCGUGGCCACGACCCAUAAGGACAGAUCGGCUGCCUCUUCAAUGAGUAGCACGAGUAGCAACAGUACAGGAACAACUGGUGCAGCCACCACCUCACUUUCCAUCCUCUUUCAACAACACCAACAACAAAAGGCCAUGAAUUCAUCAUCUUCUAACAACAAUAAUUGCCUCAAUAGUGUUAUUAACACAGAACCCAUCUCCUCUCUCUUACUUUCAUCUCUGAGUGGUGCUUCAGGAAGUGGUGCCAGUGCAACCGGAGCCUUAACACCAAGAUCAGGCUCACAAUGGACAGGUAGUGGCACCACAAGACGGCCUCAAUCGGCUCGCUACACCUCCUCCUCUACUGGUGCUACGAGUGGUGGUAGUGGUAGUAGUGGUAGCGAUCAACACAAGUUAUCGUUGUCCACUUCCAAUCAUUCGCUGGGAGGAGUCAGUUCUGGAACCGGCGUGGGAAGUGCUGCAGCAACCUCUUUCAUAUCGAGUAAGAGUGAUGGAGCUGCCUCCACCACAGGUUUGUACUCGAAAAACAGCAGUAGCAACAUGCAUGAAUUGGAAGGGAGCAACCAUUCCAAUUGGGCCACUUCCAAACAAUACCGAGAUGGCAUGGAACAUAUUCACAAAUUGAGAGAGAAAUUUAUGGAACAUGUCGGAGCCUUACAUUGGUGGAAUGGUGGUGGAUCUACAAAUAAUAACGGUACUAAUCAUACGAAUAAUAAUAACAACAACAACCCUAGCAAUAGUAACAAGAGCAGCAACAACAACAGCUCUCAUUCUCCAACUCCUAAUAAUCUUCCUUCCUUCAAAGACUCUUCCGAAAUCAAAAAACAACGAUCCAUGAUGGAGUGUGCCAGUAAGCUUAUUUUUUUGGAUGAAUUCUAUGAUGCCCUGAAUAUGCGAGUGAGAACUUUUGAGACCAUUAAGGACGUGAUUCAAAGUGUGGAGAUUUUGUGUAAGAGAUUGUUGAAUUUUGCAGAGAAGAAACAAGGAUAUGUUCGAUCCUCUUGUUCUUCUAUGCAGAGAGGUCAUGACCACAAUACUGAUAAUUCUAAUAAUCACGAUGGUCAAGCAAGUAGUAGUAGUAGUAGUGGUGGUCACCACACAAGACCUCAAUUGUCCACUGAUGAGAUGGGAAUCACGUAUCAACCUGUUUUAUCCUCUCCAUCUACAUCGUCACAAUUUGGAAAGGAGAUCUCUGAAGAGAUGGAAAAAGACAUGUCAAGUAGUCCUAUAGGUCAUCAUCAUCACCACCAUCACUACCACCACUCAAAAACUCAUCGAAACCAUCCACAACCAUGGUUGGAUGUUCCUCAUUUGAAAGAAUUUGUCAGUGCCAUGGAACAAAAUCGAUUGUAUCCAUGUUUUCAACAUGAACGAUUGAGAGAUUUAUUAAUCACCUUAUGGCUUGAAAUUUCCAAAUGUGAAUCAGGUGGUGAAGAAAAGAUGAAUGCCUUUUUUAAUUUACCCAUGAAGAGAGCCAUUGUCGAUUCAGAUCGUGUGAAUAAUACGUUGGAAAAUUCGAAUCGAAAUUCCAUGAAUGCCUCGACCUUACUUGCCUUAAAUGAAAAAACAGGAGUUGAAACUCUUUUCAAUUCUAGCAUCAUGAGAAAGGAAUCUUCCAAAUCGUGGUCAUUGGACAAGAUUUUUCACAUUGAAGAGAAUACAGCAGAUCGACUCGCCAAUGAUAUCAAGAUUUUAACAGACAUGUUUUUGAUCGAAUUGGAGGAUGUGUUAGCUGUAUUUCAGGAGAAACAUUCGAAAUUUGUUAAAAAUUGGAUGACAGAGGCCUAUGAAAAGUGUUUACUUCCAUUUCAUGCCAUACAAGCCAUUAAGAAGAGAAAGGACACACUCAAAACACUACGCAAUGAAUUUGUAUUCGAAGAGGAUGAUUUUGAGGCAAAAUAUGUCAUUGAUAAGGAUUGGCGAUUUGUUUGGAAACUUUGUGAACACACUUCCGAUUGGAGACUCAAUUCAAAAAACCUUCCACUUGUUCUCUCAUUUUCCUCCGUUGAAAAUUAUAGCAGCAUGCCUGAUAUGAGACUUACAAAAUUUAUUGGCUAUGUGGAUUAUUCUCUCGAAAAUGUCAUGAGAGCGUAUUGUCACGACAAGACACUCGAUUGUAUCUAUUCCAGUAAGGUCUCUUGGCAUGAGUAUUGUAAACCAUGUGCAUCGAGUUCGAUAGAGAAAUAUCCCACAGCGAUUAUGACCACAGUGAAUGAGUCGAGUGGACUUUUUAAAAAGCAAACGAUGGAAAUGGUGGUUUCAGGAAAGACUAAAUUUAUUGGUGGUGAAAAUAUGACUGAACUUUUUCAAGGUGCUUUCUUUUUCAAAUCGUGUAAUCAUUUGAAAAAUACCAAAGAAGGAAAAUCAGAUUCAGAUUCGAAAUUAAUAUCGAUAGGAGCCAGAUUUUUCACAAAAAUUGAUAAUUGCAGGACUAGGAUUAUUGAAGUGAAAUUUAGUCGAAUUGUUGGAUUUUUAAAAAAAACCUUCCUCUUUCCAAUCAAUAUGAAAAAAGAAAUGGGUCUCUUUUACUCAAGUAUGGUUGAAAUUUUGGAAAGAGAGCAAGAACAAGGUUUUCCCAUAGCAUCCAGUGAUGAUUAUUUAAUGAGAAUUAUUUGUGACUAUGCAAAAUUAUAUUGUCGUGUUGAUUUUAAACUUAAAUAUACAAGCAUGGACGAUGAUAUUGUGCUGUAG